UAUACAAUAACGAUGACAUUUAAUUACAAAAGUUCGUACACUAGUCUUCUUCAUCUCUUUCUUACCCCAGCAAAACGUGUGAGAGCUUUUCGCCAAGAUGAGGGGGAGAGACGCCGCUGACGAGAAGCGCUUGCUUUGGAUUUGGAAGCUUCCGGUGGUGAAUCCUAAGGAUUUCGGGAAGGUGGGCCCGGCAUUCGGAGCUGGCGCCGGCUGUGGCCUCGGCUUCGGCGGAGGGAUGGGUAUUGGUCCUGGAAUUCCUGGUUUUCGAGUUGGUUUUGGAUUUGGUGCUGGAUGUGGGAUUGGUUUGGGAUUUGGGUAUGGUGUGGGUAAGGGAAUUGCUCAAGAUGAGAGCAGGAGGUAUUCAAAUGUUGGAGAUCCCUUUCAUGGUUCUCGAACCAUUCCUUCUGAGGAUGACAUUACCGGACUUGCCGAUGAACACGUGAUGAAUGGCAAAAAGCUUAUCAAAGUAACAGCCAAGGAAUUUGACAAGUGGAGGAGAUGAGUGAAAGCGGCUGAAUUGGAUUUCUUUGAUGUACAUUUCUAUAAGCCCAGGUUCACAUGUUACUAUUUAGUAGAUGUAUGCAUUGCUAUUUUCUAGGCCUAUACUAAAUCAUGCUUAGGCUAAUGGUAUUUUCAUGGGACAUGACGAUUGGUCAUUUCUAAUUGAAGUUUAGCUAGAGAAUUAUUAGGCCCAACGUGAAUUCCUUCGUCCAUUGUUUACUUUGAGGUUCCUUUAAACUUACGAGCUGUGAUUCUUGA